UGCACUGGGAGAAAACACAAAGCUGUCAAGUCCUGUCUGAUGUGUGUGGCUUCAUUUUGUGAAACUCAUCUCAAACCUCAUCUUGAAAGUCCUGCUUUGAAAAAAACACAUUAAUGGAAGCUUCUGGAAAUCUACAAGAGAAGAUCUGCUCUGAACACAAUGAAGUUCUGAAGAUCUUCUGUCGUACUGAUCAGAGAUGUAUUUGCUCUUUGUGCCUGUUGGAUAAACAUAAAGGCCACGACGUUGUAUCAGUUGCAGCAGGAAGAGCUGAGAAACAGAAUGAGCUACAGGAGGAGCAGCAGAGACUCCAGGAGAAGCAUUUGAAGGUGCAGGAGCUGAAACAGACUGUGAACACUAUAAAGCUCAGUACACAGACAGCAGUGGAGGACAAUGAGAGGAUCUUUACUGAUCUGAUCUGGUCCAUGGAGAAAAAGCGCUCGGAGGUGACGGAGAUGAUCAGAGCUCAGGAGAAGGCUGAACUGAGUCGAGCUGAACGACUCCUGGAGCAACUGGAGCAGGAGAUUGAUAAUCUUCAGAGAAGAGUCACUGAGAUGGAGAAGCUUUCACACACACAUGAUCACAUCCAUUUCCUCCAGGCUUUAGCUUCUGUACCUCAGUCUCCUCUAUUGAACGGACCAGAUUUUGACACGUCCAGCAUCAGGGUCCCUCAACAUCUGUCAUUUCAUAGAGUGAGGAAUUCUCUCUCAAAUCUGAAGAAUAGACUGGAGGAUUUCUGUUACGACGAAUUCUUCAGAAUCCCUCCAUAUGAUUUCUGUUAUCUGACUCUUGAUCCCAACACGUCACAUUAUAACCUCAUUCUGUCUGAGAAUAACAGAGCGGUGACAUGCAGUAAGAGAGAGCAGCAGUACUCUGAUCAUCCAGAGAGAUUUGACUCCUGGCAGCAGGUGUUGUGUAAGGAGAGUGUGUGUGGACGCUGUUACUGGGAGGUGGAGUGGAGCGGUGGUGUUAGUGUGUCCAUAUCAGUCUCAUAUAAAGACAUCAGGAGGAAUGGAGGUGGUGAUGAGUGUGGGUUUGGACGCAACAAACAGUCCUGGAGUCUGGAAUGUUCUCCUUCUUAUCUCUUUUACUAUCACGACAACUAUAAGACUGAUCUCAGAGGUCCAUCACCCUCCAGAAUAGGAGUGUAUGUGGAUCACAGUGCAGGAAUUCUGUCCUUCUACAGUGUCUCUGACACCAUGAAGCUCCUCCACAGAGUCCACACCACAUUCACUCAGCCUCUAUACGCUGGGUUCUGGCUCAACAGGUUGGGUGGUUUUCCAUCUAUUAGAUUAUGUGAUAAAAAAUAAAGUAUGUAGUGUUUUGUGUAACAUUCCUGUACAUUACCACAUCGUUACUAAGUCAUCUGUUUAAUUAUCACACAAUCCAGCUGCACAAAAAAACACAUCUGUAAUUUAAAAUGCAAGCAA